UUGGCAUAAGUUCAGUACAUACGCCACAUAGUUUCAUCAUUUCAUGGCUUUUAGUGAGUUGCUUAGCAACAAAAAUGUACACAUGUACGAGAAAAUUGAGCAACUCACAGGGCUUAACAACUGAAGCAAAAUGUUAUGAAAAUAAGAAAAUUUGAAGCAGCGUUCACAUCAACGGAUUAUAAAAAAAAAUUAUUUACACAUGUUUAAUCAAGGAACUAUUUCUGAAGACAAACAACUGAGGUAUAUAUUCGUCUUCAGUAUUUAUACUUAUAGUUCUGCGUUUUGAUUUUCUGUCCAGAAAUGACAAGAUGUAAACAUUGCAACUGCUACAACAAUCAACUAAAAAGCUCAGCUUUCAAUCAAACUGGAGAGUGUUACGAGUUACAACUAGCUGCCUACAAUGCUAUGACAAAUCAUCUACGCAGAGUAUUGUUAGCCAAGAGUGUGGUGGAUUCUGGAGACAUAGAUAGUGCAUUUAACAGUAAACGUAUCAAAUUCAGAGGAAAAACGCCGACUUGCAGACCAGAAGAAAAUAACAUUGUUAAAGAAUCUUUAUCCCAAAAUCUGAUCAACAGACUCGUUUAUGACACAAAACAUCACCCUAAUCAGCUUGUCAAAAUGAGCUUGGGAUUCUCUGGGAAUCGUAAGAAGAUGUAUAAUCGUUUAGAUGAGAUAAACAGUAGUGAUGAUUCCAUAGACUCUAUGAAUAAUCACAAGCUGUUGAUGUACAGAAGGGAAAAGCUUCAUGGGGAUAGAACAGCCUCUAAUAAACCUAUGGGAUUUCAUCAAAAGAGGCAAGAAUUGGGAGAAAGUCACAGCAAUAAAAAAAAUAAGCUGAAGACUGCUUUUGAUGACAGGAAAUUUUCAGCAAUGAAUAAAUCCAGCAAGUCUAAACAGGAAAAACAGAGAGAAUCUCAAACAUUGCGUACCAUAGUUCCAUGUGUUGCAUCAUGUUCAGAAAUAACGAUAUGUCCUAGAACACCCGAGUUAUCAAGAUCUUCUGCUGGUUCAAGUUGUAUUAUGAUUGAUCCAGUGAGAUCUUCCUCGAAUAAUGAUAUUGCUACAUAUAUCAAAUUUGUCUAUGAUAUAACUAAGGAAAUAAUGGACAGAGGCUUCUACUCAGAUGAUGAAAUCGAAGGGGUUUUUGAAAAACAUUUUCAAAGAAACCUUGGCAGAUUGAACGAGAAAAAGAUGCUUGGAGAAAUAAAGUGUCUGAAAAGGGCUUUGAAUAUUGACUGCGAUUCUGAUGACGAUGAUGAUGAAUAUGAACCAGAAGUUACCAAUGGGUUCAUACCCUGUUCAAGCAGUUUGGCUGACUUCCAAAGUACUUCAACGCGUUUAGGCGGAACCCUACCCAAGGUUGUUCAAUUAGAUCAAAUAGUUAGUGAAAUUUCACCCCCAGGUGAUUUGGAGCCUCUCCAGGUUUUGUGUAAUAAAUAUCGAUCAACUGCUUCUGAUGGAAUUGCUAAUGAUCAAUCUGGGAUAGUUGUCACCACUCAAGACGUUCUAACAACAUUAUUAGAGAUGGGCUUUGAUACUGAAAAAGCUCGAGAGAUCUGUGAAAAUCUGCAGACUAAAAGUAGGGAUCCAAUACUAGCACAGGGAUCAAAAUCAUCAAUGGAUAAAGACUAUUCGAUUGCCAGUGAUGUAGAGAAACCCAUACAUGGUUACACCUGUGUCUCUGACGAUUUGAAGUUCAAAGUUCCUGAAUCAACAGUACAGGAGAAUAUACUGGAAUUUGAGCCACUCGAACUUGUCGAUGAAACGGACGAAGAAAUUGUAGAAUCUGUUGAAUAGCUAUAUUAGAGGAACGAUCUCUAACAAAGUUCUGUGAGUGUGCCAGGCUGACUAGAUUCCUCAUGUGGCACAUUGGAAAUGAAUCUAGCAAAUCAGAAUAGCCAAUACCUGGGUAUUUAUUAUCAUCAUCCUAUAGUUGUUAUUCCCACUUGAAAAUACGACAUAAUACAAUAGGGUAUGAGCUAAAGGUUUACAAUACCAUUUGCCUAUAUGACAUAUGUCAGUUAUAUCUAAAGCUUAUUAUCGAUAUCGACAAAUAUUCAACAGGAAUAAAAUAUGUAAUAUAGUUAUAUUAUAUAAUACAUAUAUGUAUGUGUAGUGGAAAAAUAUAUAUCAACACCUAUCAUAUUGGCAUGUAAUCUAUAAAUAUGUAUAUUAUAGCAUAUAUACAUAUAUCAUACAUUAAGCAUGACACAAAGUUAACUAUACAUGAACAAUUUAAUCAUACGAUAAAUGAAUGUAUUUCUGAUACAUACAUAUAUACGUAUAUAUACAAAAUCUAAAAUAGCUGUCAUUG